GAUGAGUCAGUGCUUGCCAAAACAUAAGGGCAUAUAAUGUGAAAGCUGACCCAAGAUGAGCCGCCAGUCGAUACUGACUAACACGAGCUAGAGAGCAUGGCAUUUGAAAAUAAAAAGAGAAGUGUAGAUAAUCUGGAGGACGAUGAUGAUGAAAGCGAACGGAAGAAAAUAAAAUCAGAUUCUUCUUUGAAUGAAACUAAAAUUUUAAUCUCAACAUGUGGUCCAGAAUCUUUGACUUUGGAUUCUUCUACUAAGGAGGUAAAAAGAAACAUCAACUAUAAUAAGAAAAAAAAAUGUGUUCUCUUACUGUCCUAUUGUGGCAAUGGUUAUAAUGGCAUGCAAAGAAAUCCUGGUGUAAGGACAAUUGAGGAAGAUUUAACAAAUGCCUUGUUUAAGGCAAAAGCUAUUUCAGAGGACGCGUCACGGAACUAUGGAAAAAUGGCAUUUCAAAGAUGUGCAAGAACAGAUAAAGGUGUUUCUGCUGCUCGUCAAGUUGUCUCACUAAAAAUGGUUCCUUACAAAGAACUUCUUCAUGAUAUUAAUGAAAAUUUAGAUCCUCAAAUCAGAGUUUUUGCUUUAAAGCAAGUUACUCGUGGGUUUGAUUGUAAGAGUCGUUGUACAUCAAGAACUUAUCAAUAUUUGUUACCAACAUUUGCUUUUGCUCCCACAUUUGCACAGCAUACAACAAAGAACUUUAGAAUUACAGACGAAAUAGAACAAAAACUUAACGACGUUCUUAAGAAUUACGAAGGAACGAAGAAUUUUCACAAUUUUACUUCUGGAAAAGAUUUUAAAGAUGAAAGUUCCAAACGUUAUAUCAUUCGUUUUGAAGUGGCGGGGGAAGCGUUUGUUGCAAGAAAAAUGGAAUUUAUCGAACUGCAAGUUCAAGGACAAAGUUUUAUGCAACAUCAGAUAAGAAAAAUGAUUGGUAUCAUGAAUGCAUAUAUAAUGAUUUUUCUAAUUUUUAAUGUCGAAUUACAUGUAUAUACAUUGUAUUUAGGUUUAGUUAUUGCAAUAAUGAAAGGCUACACUGGAGUUGAUGCUAUUUCAAGAGCAUUUGAGCCGGCAAAGAUGGACAUACCUAGAGCUCCUGGUUUAGGGCUCAUCUUGGAGGAGGUUCAUUUUAAAAGUUACAAUGAUAAAUUUGGAAAAGAUGGUUUUCACGAACCUCUAGAAUGGAGCGAAUGUGAAGAUCAAAUAAAAAAUUUCAAGACAGAAUUUAUUCAUAGUGGAAUUAUCGAAACAGAAGCUACAACAAACUCUAUGAUGAGAUGGUUAAGUGUGUUGGGUUCACAUUCCUACAGUAAUGAAGGGAUGGUAGAAUCAAAAAAACUAAAAGAUACAAAGAAUAUGGAAGAAGACGCAAAUAAAGUCGUUACAGAUAAAGAAAACACAAAUGAAAUAACAAGAAAUUGUGAUAAUGGAAAACCAAAUAAGAUAGAAAUGAAUGAAGACUGUAGUUCCGGACAGAUUGUUCAAUUGCAGAAGAAUAGUAUUGUUUUUUCUGCUCCAAACGACUCAAAUACAAACAGUUUAUCUGAAAAACAUGUUCCUAGCAUUUAGGAAUACGGUUUUUAUGACGAUAAACCAGCAAUAUGAAAUAGAAAAGUUUUAUCUUUUGUGUGACAGGUAAUUUCGAUGUUUUUAUGUUAAAAUUAAAACAUGAAGUAAAGCUA